AUGCAGCUAGUGGAAUAUGGCAGACAUCUCAGCAACGUCCUUAAAGGCAAAACAGGUCACACCACCUUGUUUUUUCGUGCUGUCCUUCUCCAUAUGGUAGGGGGGCGCCGAAUACGUAGCACAGCAACUACCGGCAAACUACGGCUAUCAACUGCAAACCGCCAGGGGCACAUUUGUGCUCCAGAUUUAGCUUUGUCCGGCGGAGCAAUCUCUAGAUGCAGCACGGAACAGAUGGAAAGCAUCGUGGGCUCGUUGGAAGCUCGAUUUUUAAGAAGCUGUAAUCCAGCCCGCUGCUGUCCUAGAGCGCCACCUCAGCUGCCGCUGGCUCUAAUACCUUUCUGGGCUGCGCCACCCCCCGAGUUUUCCGAGGCAUCGUUAUCAGGGGAAUGGUCCCUCCGAGGAAAAUUGCAGGAUCUACCAGAAGGGCAUACAGCAGGCACAUCUGAAAGGGAUUCAGCUGCAGAAUCAGUGAGAGCAGCUGCUGGUCCUCGUGCAGCAACAGACUUCCUUCGAGUAUGGGAUGCUCUGCAUAGUGGCAAGCACCUUUCCCUGUACCUGUCUAGCGACCGCCUAGCAACCUUACGCAUUCCCUCCUUCUGCCCCAUGGUCAGCUACACUUUCAAAGGUAUUUGGCAAGUGAGAAGGCGACCGUUACAACCUCCGCUCAUGGAGGUAGAGCUAGGAUUUCCUCCUGGCAGUCCGGAAGUCAUUUUGGCUCUAAGUGCUCCUCUCAAGUCGGGUUCCUGGAUACCUCACGUACCGCAGGCAGGGCCAGGAGAGGUGACGAUUUCGUUUUCUCCCUUCCUCCCAUGGAAGAGCCGUCGAGUUUUGGCGGUGGAAAUAUGUCCCCAAACUAACGAAGCGACUGUAGAUGGUUUGUUGCAGUAA